AUGGCCCACGGCCUCAACUUCACCGUUGAAAUCAACAGAGCCAUCAGACACAAGCUUCUCAGGCUUGUACAAGACAUCUACGGCAGUCAUGCACCCUACAACCCGCCCCCCCACGUCAUGACCCAGUGCGACCUCCUACUCC